UCUUUCUCCCUCCCCCGAUUGGAUUGGAUGAGAGAAAAGCUAUUCUUUCUUCUUCAUCUUCAUCUUCUUCUUCUUCUCGUUUUCUCCAUCUGUCCUAUUAGAAAUAGAAAAAUAAAUCUGUUUCCAAUAGGACAGGAUUACAGUAAGGUUACGCAUUUUGUAAUUUGCAGAUCUCGUUUAUCUCUCCCCUCGAAUAUCGUUUGAUCACCGUCACUUCUACGAUACGAUAGGGAGGGAGGGGAGACGGAUUCAAUCACUCAUUUUCUUCAUCUUCCUUUUUAUCCUUUUCAUAUCGCCAAUGUACCUUAUACAAUUCGAUGCUCUUACAUGAAAAAAGAAUUGCUGAAGAGUGCUGGGUUAAUAAAUUGAAAAAAUGGGAACUUGCAUAUCAACUCCAUCUCACGCAAUUAAACCACAGAAAAAGCGUCUCCAUCGGAUAAGGAAAAGCCAUAAAAAGAUUUCCAAGUCUGCAGUUGAUGGAAUCAGGAAAAAUAAUGGUGAACUUGUUGCGGUUAGUGAAUAUGUUCAGACAACCACUACCUGCAGCGGAUCUGAGGUUUCCUCAACUUACCAAAUCACCCAGAUGGAGUGGCACCAUAGUCAGAUUGAUAGAAAUGUAAUGUGUCAAGAGGAAACAUGGUUUGAUUCUGUUAGCUUACCAGAAUCUGACUCGGAUGAUGAUGACUACAGUAGCGUGCAUGACGGAGAUAUUUUUUCUAACCUUUCAAGUGGCCAAAUGGUUCAGUAUGAGACCUCAUCAUGCUUUGUUGAAAACACAGUCCAAUACAAGGAAUACCAUGAAAGAUAUGUGAAAAUAGAUGGAAGUGGUUGUAAGACACCGAAACUUUUAGGCAAAGAUGGAAUUAACGAUGCAAAUAGAUUUGCAAUUUUAAGUGAUCUUGGAAAGCUUGGAAUGCCUGACGAACUUAAUACAAUACGGAACAACAAUUUGGACCGUACUCAUGGAAGUUUUAAUUGUAUAAGAGUAGACAGACAUGAAUUCGAAGAGAAAACUGAAGACAUUAUUCGGAAAUCUGGUUUACCUCGUCUACUUCCUUCUCUAAGUUUCAAUGACAAUUUAAAUGUACCAAACUCUGUUCAGCAAUCUCAGAGGCGAAAAUCAACAGUUAUCAGACUUUCUAUCCAGAGAACAUCUGUUGAUGGUGACAAUUCAAACCGUACACCAAAGAAAUUCUUAUAUCGUCCCAAAGCAGGACUUUUAGUUCCCCAUUGUGAGGAAGGAAAGCCAACUCCAGGGUGUUGGUCUGAGAUUGCACCUUCAAAAUUUACACUUCGUGGCAUUAAUUAUUUCAGUGAUAAGAAGAAAUCCCCUGCUCCAGAAUUCAGUCCAUAUACUCCAAUUGGUGUAGAUUUAUUUGAGUGCCCAAAAAAGGUUAAUCAUAUUGCCAAACACCUUGAGCUUCCUUCUGAGAAAGCAGACGGAGACUUGCCUUCUUUCCUUAUUGUCAAUAUUCAGUUGCCUACAUAUGCUCCACCUAUGUUCCUGGGUGAUUCUGAUGGCCAGGGUUUAAGCCUUGUACUGUACUUCAGGCUAGAUGAGGGAUAUGAGAAUGACAUCUCUCCCCAGUUUCUAGAAAGCAUCAAAAGACUUGUCAACGAUGAUAUGGAGAAGGUCAAAGGGUUUGCAAAAGAAACCUCAGUUCCUUUUAGAGAAAGGUUAAAAAUUAUGGUGGGAGUGGUCAAUCCUGAUGAUCUGGUCACAAGUUCUACUGAAAGGAAGCUUAUACAUGCUUACAAUGAGAAACCAGUCCUUUCAAGGCCCCAACAUGAAUUCUAUCAGGGUCCUAACUACUUUGAAAUCGACUUGGACAUUCAUCGAUUUGGUUACAUAGCAAGGAAAGGACUUGAGGCAUUCAGAGAACGUUUGAAGAAUGGUGUUCUUGAUCUGGCUUUAACUAUACAGGCGCAAAAACCGGAAGAGCUGCCGGAGACUGUGCUAUGUUGCGCUAGAUUGAACAAGAUUGAUUUUGUUAAUCGUGGCGAUGUCCCUACCAUUAUGACUAAUGAGGAUUAAUUGAAUGAUUGAUUUGGGGGAGUGAACAAAUGAAGAGAAUAUUGAAAAGGUGUUUGUUUUAUUUAUUGAUGAUAUGAUUAAAUUGUUUUGCAACUCCAACAUCUAACCAUAAAGAAGACCAUAUAUACCACCAUAAUAUUAUUGUACAGAUUGAAUAAAUAUUUAUUUCUUUGUUUUACAAUA